CAGGCUGCUGCUCUGAGCUCUCUGCCGUGCUGCGUUGCUGCAUCCUUUCGCCGCGACCGCAUCCUCCACGCCUGGGCACUCAUGGCACCGGAGCUGCCGCAGGCGGUCUGGUUCCAGGUCUUUGACUACUUGCGCGACGCGCGCGCGUUCCUGCAAUGCGAAGUGGUGGCGAAAGAACACCGCGAUUUAUUGCGGGACGAGAAAUUAGGUAAAAAAUUGUGGGAGGCGCGGCCGAUCGCGUACGGCGCGCGCUUGUUCGCGACGGGCGGGCCGCCGCAUGGCGGGCCACCGCUGGGUGAAUGGCAUCGUUUACGUGACUGGGAAAGGAUUUGCGAUGGCAGCCAAAGCUACACGACGUUAGACGAUCUCGAGGUCCCCGACGGAGGCCGGCAAGGCGUGCUCGAGUUCGCGUGCCUCGAUGCUAUAGCGGUGGAGCAGCGCUCUGACGGUCCAAUUAUACUCGCGGAGGUAGACAGAGGGGUCUGGCGAAGACUUGUUGAGAAAUGCUUUGAUAGGGCACGAGAGGAGCCCCGAGCGCUGGCACCGAGACGUUUUUUCGACGUCCGGCUAACAAAUGAAUUGGUGCGCGUUGCAACUGACAUGGUCGAGGGCUGGUUUAAUGAUGUCACCGAAAAUGUGGUUAGAUUGGCUACGCACCGUGACUCCGCCACGGUGACCUUUCGCGACAUCAAGGCCUUAUGCGCUGUCACUAGAGACAUGACUCUUAUUGCGUGCUCCUUAGCCUCAUUGUCGUCAGCAGAGCAAAACUUUAACUUCAUCAUAUCUGAUCGAGUCGUGCCCGAGCUCAACUCGCACGGAUUCGUCUCCGACCUCGGCGUCGCAGCGGACCGGGUCAUGCGGCGGUUCGUGCGAAAGGCCGGCGGGUUCGCGUACGAUGGCGCGGCCUACAGGGCCCUGUGUAAGAUCCUAUUGAUUCGCCUUUGUGAUACUUUGGACCGCUGCGCUUUGCACUGCAUGUCUAGGGAGAACAUCGACCUGAAGAUGGUGGGCGGCAAUCCACCUAGCGGGAGCUGGUCGUAUUGGGUUCCUGCUGCCGCUGGGCCUCCGGAAAGAAGGCCCGUGCUGACGCCGGUCCUCGAGGAUCUUUUGCAGGUCGCAACGCUUGGCCCCGAACGGUGCGGCGUUGCUGAUAGCUACGUCACGGGUCGUUGGUAUGGCGACGAUGUCUGCUCCGACGACGGCAGCUUUCACACGGACGACUGCGGCGACACGAGCGACGACGACGACUCCUCGAUAGGCGACGAGUCCGCGCCACAGUCUUCCGUCGCGGACCGACUCGCGUCGCUCGCGUCGCUCCGCGCGGCCGGGGCGCUCACGGAGGCGGAGUUCGCGCGCCAGGCGCUCGAGCUUGGGCUCUCUUCGGGCCUGUAA